GUUAUCGAUGAAACGAUACCUCUCGUUUGAUUGUUGGCGUUACUUCUCCAGUUUAUCCGAUACCCUAACCUUUAUAAAAGUUUUCAUUAUAUUUUCAACUUGGUGAAAGAACUGCGAAAUGAGAAAAACUCUAAUCCAAAUGCUAAUGAGAGAAGUUGAUUGUUUUAUGUGUGACGUCCAGUUGAAUCCUCCUAUUACUCAGUGUGCUUCAGGUCACCACUACUGUGCCAAGUGUACUUCUUCAUUGACUGAAUGUUCUAAGUGCCAGUUACCACUAGGAACGAGAAGAGCAUAUUUCUUGGAAAAAUUAUGUUUCAGAAUAGUAUUGAAAUGUUCUUUCACAACAACUGGAUGUUGUUUCAUCGGAUUAUGCGGUGUUGUUGCUCAACACGAGAGGAAAUGCCCUUUUCGCCAGAAAUUUGUUUGGGCAGGCGUUAGCAAUAACUCUACGUCCUUGGAAACUGCUUUUGAGCAGGAUAGCACAGGCGCAGAUGAAAUUUCUUGUCCCAUACAAGGUUCAUCAGGACAAUUGUUAGACGAAGUGAUUCUUGCUGAACUGGAGUGUUCAAUAUGUUGUUUUCGAAUUUCACCGCCAAUUAUGGAAUGCGUCAACGGUCAUCGCAUCUGCAACAGUUGCCUUGAACAAGUUGGCCGGUGUCCCACGUGUAGAGCGCCCAAACCUAGUUUUCUGAAUUUCUGUCUGCAAUAUCUUUUUUCUGUGUUGACUUUUCCUUGCAUGUACGGUUGUGGGAAGCGCGAUUUCGGCCAUUACCUUGCAAGACAUGAAAAAUCUUGCAGUUUCACCUUAACCACUUGUCCACUCAUGGAAGUUGGGUUGUGUAAAUGGCAGGGCAUCCAAAAAGAAUUCAAGAACCAUUUCAGGACCGUCCACUCUGGGAAGUUCAAGGAAAAUACUAAACAUCAGUAGCAUUCGAUCAGAUCGCCUGCCCGCCUGCAAUCUCUAUGUAAAUGGCGAACUAUUCAGAUAAUGCUGAACAUUUUAUUAUAAUUGUGUUGAAUUGUCCGUCGUGAGUUCUCAUUUCUGUUCAUUGAAUAGUGCUCAGUUUUAAUAUUUCGGAAAGUAAAAUAGAUUGACCAAAAUAGACUGAAAUGCAAUAAAGAAAAAUUAUAACUUUUUCUCACGUUGCUCAUCUUCGUUGUCUAAAAUGUUAUAGGCUUGGUUCGAAUAAAGUUUCACUCGAUUUUUACUUCCACUUGGGAUUUUUCAUGUGAAUACAGUUGUGGGAAACGGAUUUCAACAUAGAACUAUGUCUUCUGAUCUGAAAUAGAUAUUUUCACAAUCUCUUUUUAACAGUAUGCAGCUUUCUAUUAUUUUGUGUGGAUUUCCUUUUCCCAAAUUCAUAGUGGUUUCAAAGUAUUUUGUGUUAGAAUUGACUCAAUACAGUGUAUCAGUCAUUUAAAAUGUUUACACAUUAUAACUACUUGUUUAUUAUGAUUCUCUUCAGCAGUGAACCAUAACAAAAAAUAUAAAACAAGUUGAACAUUAUAUAUAAUUGAAUCUCCAAAUUGUAAUGUGAAUCUGAAAUUGAAACUAACUCAACCCCAAAUGGUCUUUUCUAUAGUCUCAUUUUUACCAAAUAUCUGAUUUGUUUUGUUAACUAACAUAUUCCACUCUUUUCAUUAUUUUUGAUAUAUCAACCUUAUCUAGACAUCUUGAAAUAUUCGAUUGCCGUCAUUCUAUUCAUACUUUCAAUGUGAAACAAUUAUGUAUUCAUCCAAUAUUGAAUAUGCAAUUUUAAUUUAUUUUUUAUCUAUGUGUUUUUUCAUUACAUUCAUUAGUCUUUUGUUCAGUAAGUCAUAGUUAGGUUAGGAAAUCUAGCGGUUUGGAGCACUAUCAUUUUAAUAAUU